AUGCACACCCAAACCCUCCUCGUCGGCCUCGUCGCCGCCCUCGCCAUGACCGUCUCCGCAGCCCCCACCCCUAGCUCCUCCUCCUCCACACACCUCUCCGCCCGCUCCCUCCCACUCGCAGCCCGCAACCCCCCAAACCGCGACUCCACCAGCGGGCCCUCGCACCCCCCGGGCCAGCCACAAAGGGGCGGCGGCAACAAUAACAAUAACAACAAUAACAACAACAACAACAACAACCGCGACAACAAGCCGCCCAAGGGCAAACGAUCCCCCGAUGAUGAUGAAUCCGAGAUGCUCGAUGACCCCGCCGGUGCGUUUGAUGACAGUGAUGAUGUCAUCCCACCGCCGAAAAUGAGGAGGAGUCCCGGUGGCGGGAUGGGCGGUGGCGAUAAGAAGGGAGGUCAUGGAGGCCCUGGCGGAUCUGGAGGGCCUGGCGGGUCUGGAGGCCCUGGCGGAUCUGGAGGGCCUGGCGGGUCUGGAGGCCCUGGUGGACCUGGUGGAUCAGGUGGGUCAGGCGGGAAAGGCGGGAAAGGCGGGAAAGGUGGACCAAGGGGUGGGUCUGGCGGACCGAAAGGUGGGCCAGGCGGAUCAGGUGGACCGGGUGGUCAAGGUGGACCCGGUGGACAAGGUGGACAAGGUGGGCCGAAGGGCGGACCGAAAGGUGGACAAGGCGGAUCUGGUGGACCAGACGGAGCUGGCGGACCAGGCGGGGCUGGUGGUCCGGGUGCGGGUGGACCAGGCGCGGGUGGACCGGGUGCAGGAGGACCGGGUGCAGGGGGUCCGGGUGCGGGAGGUCCGGGUGGAGCUGAUGCAGCGGGGGGACCAGGUGGAGCUGAGCCAGCGGGUGGGGCGGGUGGUAGCGAUUAA